AUGCGAACAACAAAAAUGGAUUAUCGUUUACAGCUGGUCAUCACGUUAUUGUUGGCCAUGGGCUGUUGCCGUGGAUUGCCGAAUAACACACGUCCGUACAACAUUCUGGUGUUUCUACCAACUGAGACCAAAAGUCAUUUCAUGGGGUUCCAACCCUUGCUGGAGACGUUAGUGACCAGGGGACACAAUGUGACAUUAGUCUCACCAUUCGCGCUGGGUUCCGGCGGGAUGGCAUUGCCGUACUACACUCACGUCAAAGUGGAAGUCACGGAAAACGUGGCAGGGCCCGUGAACUUCCUCGACAGAAACUCGCUGAUGAACAGACUUCCGCUGUACAUGUUCACGCUGUGGCUUGGCCCGAUGAUUACCAAGACCGCAGUGGACAAGAAGUCGGUAAGGGACUUCGUGCUCGGCGACCAGUCCGCGUUUGACGUGGUGGUGGUCGAGAACUUCUUCCACGAGUGUUUCGUGACGCUCGGCCACAAAUAUGGAGUGCCGGUGGUGCAGCUGCUGCCGUUUGCCGCCAACCCUAGGGUGUCACAGUGGCACGGCAACCCGUACGGGGCCGCUUACAUGGCCGACUUCGCGGCCCAUUAUGUGGCACCGAUGACGUUCGCUCAGCGCGCCCAGAACGCCGUGGCCACCUUGUUCAACACCUGGGUUAACCGGCUGUUUUAUAUGCCCCUGCAGCGGGCCAUCAUGGACGAGCACUUUGCGUACGCAGGCCACGAAGGCCGGCCCGACCUCGAGACGAUGCUCCGGAACGUGUCUCUUACGUUGGUCAACAGCCACCCGAUGAUCGGGCCGGCUGCACCUUACGUGCCGAGCUACGUGCAGGUGGCCGGUAUGCAUAUGAAACCAGCCGGACCACUGCCAACGGACCUAAAAACCAUUUUGGACUCGGCUAAACACGGAGUGAUUUAUUUCAGUUUGGGUUCGGUGGUCAAGUCAUCGAAAAUGCCUCGAGAAACAGUGUCACUAAUUUUGUCAGAACUGGCUAAGCUGAAGCAAACGGUUUUAUGGAAAUGGGAAGAUGAUCAGCUGCCCAACCUGCCGAAAAACGUCAUGGUCAAGAAAUGGUUCCCACAAAAUGACAUAUUGGGCCACCCAAACUGCCGUCUGUUCAUCACGCACGGGGGCAUACUCAGCCUAAUCGAGGCCGUAUACCACGGCGUGCCAAUGCUGUCUAUACCUGUAUUUGGUGACCAGGCUCACAAUUCCAUUGAAGCCGAGAGUAGAGGAUUCGCUUUGUACGUGUCCUACUUCGAACUGACGGCGGAGACUUUCGGAUCAAAACUCCAACAGCUCUUGCGAGACCCUGGAUUCGGCGAGGCGGCCGCAAAGGCCUCAUCAAUAAUGCGCGACAACCCGACCUCUAUCAUGGAUAAAGCCAUAUUUUGGAUCGAGUUCGUCGUCCGACACGGUGGAGCGCCGCACCUGCGCACAGUCGCCAACCAACUUUACUGGUUUCAAUAUUACAUGUUGGACGUGAUGGCCGCCGCAAUUAUCUUGAUGGCAGUGGUUUCAUAUCUCAAUUUCAAGUGUUUGGCGUACUUGCUAAAGAAAAUCGUUGGCGGCUCUAAGCGCCCAGCUUCAAAAGUGUCGAAAAUCAAAAAGAAGAAACAAUGA